AUGAGACAUUUACAAAGGCAAGAGUCUUUUCCUCAGUCAAGCUCUAAUAUUGCAAAUCCAGAAUCACUACUUCCUGGGUCAAAUUUGACAGGGCUGUUUUCAGCUGCUGACAUUAGAAACCUAACAGCCCAUGAUGAUAAUUUCGAUGAAAUUAAACUCAUGUCUUUGGCUUCGGAGGAAGGCUUUGAUCCUAUAGAAGUUUCUCAGCUCUUUGAAGAACCUGGCUCAGAUUUGGGUCUGUCUUUGAAUUCAAGUCACAGCACCACCUUUCACUCAGUCUGCAGUGAAGGUGCUGUUGGGUACAGCAACGAUGUUAAAUCUUUUUCUUCUCAUGGCUUAGGAGCUGGUGGUGGCCAUAGGCAAGAACACAGUAAAUAUGGACAGGUGGAAUAUCCAGGUGAUUCACAGUGUUCUAGAGAAGCCACACUUCAGCAGUUUCUUCAUAACCACGCUUAUAAUCAGCUGCCAAGUCAAGCAGCAUCCACUCCAGAGCAUCAGCAGCAGAUGUGGAUGGAGAAACCCAAUGAAGUAAAGGAUAGGUGCCAUAAUUCUACUGAUACAAAUGUUAGCAGUGAUGCAAAAGCUCUGAGAAUACCAUUUUCGGUAGAUGAAAUUGUGAGCAUGCCUGUCGACUCUUUCAACACUAUGCUAGCAAAGAACCAUCUGAUGGAUACUCAAGUAUCACAUCUACGUGUCAUCAGACGAAGAGGAAAAAACAAAGCUGCUGCCCAAAAUUGUCGUAAACGUAAAUUGAAUGCACUUCUUGACUUGGAAGAAGACAUACGUAAUCUUCAAACACAAAAGGAGAGCCUUAAAAAGGAGCACUCUCAGUGUAGCAGAUCGAUCAGCAAGAUGAAGCAAAAGUUACACAACUUGUAUUGUGACAUCUUCAGUAGAUUGAGGGAUGACCAGGGUAGACCUGUUAACCCAUGCCAAUGUGUCAUUCAUUGCAGUAGCGGUGGCAGUGUUUUCAUAAUUCCCAAACACUUGGUCAAAUCAGAACAGAAACAAGAUAGCGAAAAUGAGCAGAAACAGAAGAAAGAUGGCUGA